CCACGGCAAUAGAAGGUUGUGGGAGGAGACCAUAAUGUACUAUCAAAUAGUAACACUGUUUUAAUAUCUAGUUGUAUUUUCAAAGGGCAUUUCCAAACUAGUACAGGAGCAGGGAAGAAUCCUCAAAUCCUCUUCUUUCAAAUAAAGAUUAAGAAUUACUGUUCUAUUUUUACAGGUUAUCUUAUGAAUGAAAGAGCUGAACAGAUUGUUCAUGAAUUCUAGAGGGCACCUAGGUUGAAGCAAUGGAGAGAAUGGAGCGGUGGAGAUGUCUCGUAAGAGCCCUUUUGCCUCCUGGCUCUGUGCUAUGCUCCACUGCUUUGGAAGUUACAUACUUGCUGAUCUGUUACUUGGAGAAUCACCUAUUGAUUACUUCAGUAAUAACUCCAGUGUCAUCCUGGCCACAGCAGUCUGGUAUUUGAUAUUCUUCUGUCCCAUGAACCUCUUCUACAAGUGUGUUAGCUUUCUGCCUAUGAAGCUCAUCUUUGUGGCAAUGAAGGAGGUGGUCAGAGUUCGCAAAAUUGCAGCUGGGGUCCACCAUGCUCAUCACCGUUACCACCACGGGUGGUUCAUUAUGAUGGCUACUGGAUGGGUCAAAGGUUCUGGUGUUGCCUUGAUGUCUAACUUUGAGCAACUGCUGCGUGGGGUCUGGAAGCCAGAAAAAAAUGAAAUUCUUCAUAUGUCCUUCCCUACAAAGGCCAGUCUGUAUGGCACAAUCCUCUUCACUCUGCAACGGACUCACUGGCUCCCUAUCUCUGAAGCCAACCUCAUCUUCUUUUUCACCAUGUUCAUGAUAGUUUGCAAGGUUUUCAUGACGGCAACUCACUCUCACGCCUCACCUUUUGCUCCAGUGGAAAGCUUCAUCUGCCCAGUUUUCUUUGGCUCUGUUUCCAGUGGACACACCAGUCACCACCAUAAUCAGCAUGGGGCCUCCCAUGAGGUUUCCCAUCCUCCGCCACCUCCCGCAAAGUCGAAAGAGGAGCUAAAUGAAGGCACAAGGAAACGGAAAGCAAAAAAAGCUGAAUAAAAAAGCAACCACACAGUAAAUAGGCCAAGAAAAUUCUUCCAGAGCUGAGUCUCAAAGCCACCUGUGACCUCCUUUAUCUUCCAGUCCUCUCUCAGACUCCAGAGGAGAGGUGGAAGCCAGGACACUGCCAGACGGGUCCCUGAAUUUCAUCUGUGCUCUCUGUGCUGCUGCUUGCUUCUUGGUCUCUGUCUCUCUAUUCUGAUCAUAUUUUCAGGGAUUUGUAGAUUUGUGCCAGGAUGGUAAGUGGGUGCCAGUUCCCAAGCUGUCAGCAAUUAUGAUGCAGCAUUUUCAAUUGAUGUAAAAUCUUUCACUAUGUUCAUUUAUGAAUGGAGGUAAUGGUUUGUGCUCCUGCAGCUUAUAAGUUCCUCUGAGUUUUCAUUGACCUUUUUGAUGUCUACCAAAACAACAAACUGUUUAGACACAAUCAAUGUGGAAAUUGGAUUUCAUACUCAAGGAAAUUAAAUGGUCUCAUAUGAGCCUGAUCUAAUUUUUCCUAGCUCCCACAUCUGCCAUAUCUCCAACUAAUGUGACAUUUUAUAUGCAAUAAGGACAUCGACUGUGGUGUCCUAGCCAAAACCCAUUUCUCUCACCAAGUUCCCUCUGAUUCUUAAUGGAUAGAACAUU